GAGAAGCCACGAGUCAGUAAUCCUGUACUGUACUUAUAUAAAUUAGGUCUUGUUAAAAGUGUUUCAUUAGUUAACGCUGUGCUAUUGCGGUUGCUGUGUGACUCAGUCAGUUUGGUCCUACAGCUACUUUACAUUUACUAAAACUGCAAGUAGAUUAUUACGAAAUGGCGCAUCAGUUGCAUAAGAAGAAACAUGUUGCUAUUUGUGGUGGUGGAUUGGUUGGAUCCCUGAACGCAAUUUACAUGGCAAAACGUGGGUUUAAGGUGGAUCUGUUUGAAAUGAGGCCAGAUAUUCGGACACAGGAUAUUGUUAAAGGAAGGAGCAUCAACCUUGCUCUCUCUUGCAGGGGACGUGAAGCCCUAAACCUUGUAGGGCUAGAAGAUACAAUCACAAAAAAUGGAAUUCCAAUGCAUGCUCGUAUGAUUCAUGAUCUAGAUGGAAGACGGAGAUCCAUUUUGUAUGGCAAUAAAGAUCAGUACAUCAUGUCAAUUGAUCGGCGUUUGUUAAAUGAAGUCAUGCUGACAGCUGUGGAAAAGUAUGAGGAUGUUGAAAUUCAUUUCUCCCACAAGCUUGUCAGCUGUAACUUUAACACAGGGGAAGCAACUUUUGUAAAUGACAAAGGUCAGAGUGUGACCAAAACAUUUGAUCUGGUCAUUGGUUGUGAUGGGGCUUAUUCCGCCUUAAGAAAGCAAAUGAUGAAACUCAGUAGGUUUGAUUAUCAGCAAGAGUACAUUCCCCAUGGGUAUAUGGAGCUUAACAUUCCUCCAAACAGCAAGAAUGAGUUUGCCAUGGAAAUUAACUACCUUCAUAUUUGGCCAAGAAAUGAAUACAUGAUGAUUGCACUGCCAAAUCUGGACAAAUCAUUCACAACAACACUUUUCAUGCCCUUUGAUAUGUUUGAGUCAUUAGACACUGAAGAAAAACUGGUCAAGUUUUUCAAAGAUGUUUUUCCAGAUUCCUUGCCAUUACUGGGAGAAGAGGAGUUGGUAAAAACUUACAUGUCUUGUAAACCAUCCCCAUUAAUUACAGUCAAGUGCCAUCCUUACCAUGUGGGUGACAAGGCUGUUAUCCUUGGUGAUGCUGCCCAUGCUAUGGUUCCUUUCUAUGGGCAGGGAAUGAAUUGUGGAAUGGAAGACUGCAUCGUGCUCAAUGAAAUUCUUGAUAAGUUUAAUGAUGACUUCAGCAAGGCAUUACCAGAGUACACUAAAGUGAGAAACCCUGAUGCCAAGGCCAUUUGUGAUCUGGCUUUGUACAAUUAUAUUGAGAUGCGCAAGGGAGUGAACUCUAAACUGUUCUUAUUUAGGAAGAAAUUGGAUAACCUGCUGUUUAACCUUUUUCCUAAUUCUUGGGUACCUCUCUAUACCAUGGUGUCCUUUACAAGGACGAGAUAUCACGAAUGUAUUCAAAGAAGACAGUGGCAAGAUAAGGUUUUAACUAAAGUCUUAAUAACGUCUGCCGUUUGUGGAGGUAUUGGGCUCUGUGCAGGCAUCUACCUGGCUCAGAAGAAUUUGAGAUUGGCAGAAAGACUUGAGGAGUAUGGACUAACCUGGGGCAACUUUCAGCAGCUACUUGAAUGGAAAUAAUUGACGCUGCUUAAAACAGCAUUUCAUAAAGCUUUACUGGGACUUUUAAUCAAGGGAACCCUCUAUACAAUGUGCAAUUAUUGAAUUUUUUGUGCCUUAAAAAAUGUUUGAAAAAUUUAAAGUCUAAAAGUUUUGUUAAACAUAUAAAUGUUUGAAAAAAGUUUUUGUAUCUUAUAUAUAUAUUUCCUUUGGUUUGAUAUAAUGAAGAUAAAGUGAGCUUUUAUGUAAUUUUUAAAAUGUAAACAUGCUUGGCAGCUCUUUUGCUUAAAAACAAUACUUAAAGUUACAUUAUACUGUAACUUAAGCUACUUGUACUAUAUUUUUUAUAAAAAAAAAACAAAGAAAGUAGGUUGUGAAUGAACAGAUUUUUUGUUUUUUUAAGCCCAAUUUUUUCUUAUCUGUUGCAAGAUCUUAUCUAUUUGUUAUCCACAUAUAUUGAAGGACGUUUAGAUCUAAGUUAUUGACUCAUUAACUUCUUUGAAAAUAUGUCUUAGAUAUUAUAAAAAUCCAAAUUUAAAAAAUAGAAAAUCACUAUAAAAGACAAUUUAAAUAUUCCUGCGUGUUUGAAUUUACGAAUAAAUAGCAUUUUCAAAUUAUAUGAAUUUAUGUAAAUAGUCCUUAAGAAACAUCUGAUUUUUUAAAAUAUAUUGAUUUGAAUUGUGUCUGUAUUGUUAAUGACAUUAUCAAACAUUACUUAUUUUGGAAUGAAUAUUUAUCAGAUACACAAAUGAAGGAAGCUGUUAAAACUAAAUCAUUUUAAAAAAUGUUCGUGUUGAAAACAAAUAUUUACAUCAUCUCAAGUUAUAUUGUACCUCAUAAUGUCCUCCACAGUUGUUCUAGUCAUGUUAAUAUGGCUUAGAUUUGUUGCCUAAAUUUACUAGCAUAUAAAAAUCAUUAAUUAUUUUGAAGUUAAUUUUUAAUCCAGAUUUUUGUUAUUAUGCACUGAUGAAUUGCUAAAGAAUAUAAUUUACUGUUGCUAGUCUUUAUAACAUGAUAGUGUUCACAUUGUACAAUUUAUAAGAUUCUCAUAUAUAUAUUUAAACUGUUCAACUCAAUGAUUACAUAAGAUUUUUCUUCUUGUGAUUAUAUUAUACUGACUCAUUAAAGACAAUCCCUUUACUGGGGAAAUAGCAAGGGUUGCAUGGUAUUUUACUUGCAGUAUUUGAUGCAACAUUAAAUUGUUUAACUAUCUGUUAAUAAACAAAAGGCCUUUUAUAGGGUCAAAAUUGUUGA